AGAGUGUGUGAGAGAGAGAGAGAGAGCUGAGCCCUCACAUUGCAUGGUCACUGCCCCCACGUUCCUUUGCCCCCCAACCCAAACCCACCCCUGACAUCAAUGUACUAACUCAUCCCUAUAUCAAACCCCCUCCCUCUCCCCUGAUUCCCUCUCUCUCUCUCUCUCUAACCACACCACUGUAGGGAGAGUGCUUGAGAGAGAAACAUACUCCCUCCAUACGCCAAAUAAAUACCCUACCUUUAUCACUCUCUCUCUAUAUAUUUAUACACACUUUCUCUCACUAUAUCUAUAUAUCUAUAUCUAUAUCUAUAUCUCACUGGAGAUGGACGUCUACGGUAGUGUCUCCGCACCGGACUUCUUUCGCAUUGACGACCUUCUUGAUUUCUCCAACGACGAACUCUUCUCCUCCACCACCGCCGCCGCCGCCGACUCUGACCUCCACCACCUCCCUUCGCCAGAAAACAAAACCACCGCCUCCGCCGCUCAUUUCCAUAACCCUAAUCCCAUCCACCACUCCACUGAUUUCACAGACGACCUCUGCGUCCCCAAUGAUGAUAUAGCUGAGCUCGAAUGGCUUUCAAACUUCGUUGACGACUCGUUCACGGAUUUUCCGAAGAACGAGCUUGCCGUAAUUGGAAGUUUCCGACCAGACACGUCGUCUCACGGCCGGUCACGGAGCAAGAGGUCCAGGGCGGCUUCGGCUAAGAAAAGCUGGACUUCCUCUCUGGAAUCCGAGACUCCAAUUGUCGGGAAACCAAAGACGAAUACUACUAACAGUAACGGUGCGAAGAAAAGAGAGAGCUCAUCAAGUGCGUCGGCGCAUACCGGGGACAGAGACAGAUCUUCGUCGUCGUCGACGUCGCAGUCAGUGGCGCGUAGGUGCACGCACUGCCAAUCUGAGAAGACUCCGCAAUGGCGAACCGGACCGUUGGGGCCAAAGACGCUCUGCAAUGCGUGCGGCGUUCGGUACAAGUCCGGCCGGCUCGUUCCGGAGUACCGUCCGGCUGCGAGCCCGACCUUCGUGUUGACUCAGCACUCGAACUCUCACAGGAAGGUCAUCGAGCUCCGGCGACAGAAAGAACUCCGUGAACAACAAGAGGAACAGUUCUACCACCGUGAUUUCGAAGUCUGCUGACGUCAUAAAACACGUGUCGUGAUCAUAACGUUUGUCAUUGUAUCAUUGUGACGCAACCUCCGAGUCUUUUUUUUCGUUUUCCAGUACUGUUAAGCUUAUCCGAAAAUUUCUCUCUCGAAUUUUCUUCUCUUGAAUUUUCUCGGAAAAAAAAAUCAUUUAAGUUUCUUUUCUCUU